AAGAUUUUAACGUCAAUAAUUCGAGUCAUCCAACGUUACACAAAUAUUAGUCCACCACCGUCUUCUUCAUCCUCCAUUGCAGCAGUCUCAGUUAGUCCACCGAUCGAAUUGCUGUUCGCCGGCUGUUUCGAAUUACAAUUUCAACAAGAGCCCAGAAUUUUUUAUUUUUUAUUUUUUUAAUAUCUCUUUCAAUUCUUUUUGUGCAAAAUUACAGAUCCCAAACUGUAAAGAAAAGGCGGAAACAGCAUGCAUCUGAGUGAGAAUGAAGGGAUAGAGGACAAGGUGUUCGUGGUGACCGGAGGAUUAGGCUUCGUUGGAUCCGCCCUCUGUCUCGAGCUUCUCAGGAGAGGUGCCCGGAGAGUCACCGCCUUUGAUAUCAAGUCCCAAACUCCUUGGUCCGACAAGCUCCGUCUUAAUCCUGCUUUCCACUGCAUCCAAGGGGAUCUUGGCUCGAAACAGGAUGUUGAUAACGCAUUACAGGGGGCAGAUUGCGUUUUCCACCUUGCCUCCUUUGGCAUGUCUGGGAAAGAAAUGCUCCAGUAUGGUCGAGUGGAUCAGGUAAAUAUUAAUGGAACAUGCCAUGUCUUGGAUGCUUGCCUUGACCAUGGUAUCAGGAGACUCGUGUACGUCAGUACAUACAAUGUCGUGUAUGGCGGAAAAGAAAUUGUUAAUGGUAAUGAAACUCUGCCUUACUUCCCCAUGGAUGGCCAUGUUGAUCCCUAUGGGCGUAGUAAAGCUUUUGCUGAGCAGUUAGUUCUGAAGAGCAAUGGCCGCCCCCUAAGGAACAAGGAUAACAGUGGAAAAUGCCUGUACACAUGUGCAGUGCGUCCGGCUGCAAUUUACGGACCUGGUGAAGAAAGACACCUGCCUAGAAUCAUGACACUGGCAAAGUGGGGUCUGUUACCAUUCAGGAUCGGUGAUGCUAGCGUGAAAACCGACUGGGUUUAUGUUGAUAAUCUUGUGUUAGCUCUACUAUUAGCUAGCAUGGGACUUUUGGAUGAUAUUCCAGGAAGAGGACAUCCUGUUGCUGCUGGACAACCUUACUUCAUAUCUGAUGGUAAUCCAGUUAAUAGUUUUGAGUUCCUGUCUCCGCUACUCAACAGUUUGGAUUAUGAGAUCCCAAAGAGGUCCUUAUCAGUAACCCAUGGCCUGCUUUUAGGAAAUUUCUUUUGGGGAUUGUACUCUAUUAUGUACCCUUGGUUAAAUCAGAAGUGGCUUCCUCAACCGCUGAUGCUUCCUGCCGAAGUAUACAAGGUGCGCCCUGGAUGACUUAUCUAAUAACAUGAUGCUUUACAUAAUAUGUCUAUGCUUUUUCAGAUCUGCAACUUCAAUAUCCUUUCAAUUUUUUUCGUCAUUUUUACUUUUCUUGUAUCUGAAGAAAUGAUCAUUAGACACUGAUAGAUAUUUUCCAUCAACAGCCAAUGUAAUAUGUUAGCUGUCUAGCAAGAUGACUAUUAAUUCCAUCAUCAUCCAGAUGCUUUAUAAUUGACUUCAUACCCAAAUUUGAAUCACUAUACCAAGAUUUUAGUAUUGCAUUACUACAAUGAGAACAGGUUGUGUUAGUUAUUUGCUUGUGGCAGCAUAAAAAGUUCCUGUGUUAAUUUUGUUUUCAGGGAGGAAGUAUAUGGUUCUUCCUUUGCCAGCAAUAUCUUACUGUUUAUCUUUCAUUCUUUACAGGUAGGUGUAACUCAUUUCUUCUCUUUUCUAAAGGCUAAAGAAGAGCUCGGCUAUAUCCCUUUGGUGAGUCCUCGUGAGGGCAUGGCCGCAACUAUUUCAUACUGGCAAGAGAGGAAAAGGAGAAGCUUGGAUGGGCCAACUAUAUAUGCAUGGCUAUUCGUUGUUGUGGGAAUGCUUUUAUUAUUUGCUGCUGCAUUCCUUCCAGAUUUUGGACCGGUUCCGUUAGUUAGAUCUUUUGGUCUUCUAUUCUUCCGCUCUGUACCCAUGUUAAGGGUAGUUUUUGUUCUAGCUGUUGCUGCACAUGUUGGUGAAGGUAUAUAUGCCUGGAAACUUGCCGAAAGAGUGGAUCCUGCUAACUCAAAUGGGUGGUUUUGGCAAACUACCGCAUUAGGUUUCUUUUCGUUGCGAUACUUGUUGAAGAGAUCCAAAAGUAAGAAUCAUUGAUUCAGUUUUAAAUGUAUCGGAACAUUCUUCAAUAGUGCAAUAACUGCCCUUUGUAUUUCAAGUCCCAGAGGCAAACAUCAAUAUCAACCCUGCACCGGAGCAGUUCUGGCUCUUUUCAGCAGACUUCUUGGGUAUGUUUUUUGGUGGUGGUUUGAUUUUGGUUUCAACUUGAAAACUGCAUACAGUAUAUUGAAAAUUCAAAUGGCUCUCUCAAUGAAUUUUUCUACUAAAAAUUCUUUUCCAUCCAAAAGAAGAAAAAACAGUAAAAAGAAAGCACAAACCGUUAACCUUACUCAGCCCUUAUGUUGUGAACACUUUAUGGUAUUUUGGGUAAUCUUAGGUCUGCACGAUUAUGUGAAGUGUUUACUCGCAUUGGCUAGAAUGAGCCUUUAGAGUUUAGAUCAAUUUCCACACCUAAAUUUUGUGAUGUGUUAUGGGGAAAAGAAGAUUCAUUUGAUUUUUUGCUAAACUGCCCUUCUGAAGGAGCAUUUCUCUUCCACGGGUUUUAUUAUCUCUUCCACUGAUUUUGAUCAAACACUUGAGGAAAACAUAGAGAUAGGCCAAUACGGCAAAACAACACUGCAAAUGCCUGGAAGUAGAAGGAAUCGAAGCUGGAAUAGAGACCAAAUUUGACGGAUGCUAAUGAUGAAAGUACAAGAGAACUACAAUCCUUGUUUUAUUGAGACUGUUGAUCUAUGCCACCUAAUAACAACUAGGAUUUCCUCUCUUUUGGAAGUAUACAAUUUCUACCACAGAUAUGGAUAACGAUGAAAGGAGAAACUGCCGGAACUACUGGAAGAUCAGCCAAAGGGAGUUCCAAAAGGUUGUGAGCUGCUAAUCGCUCCACCACCAAAAGAAGGGUAUGCUUGAGCAGGGGGAGGAGGAGGAGGCCCUACGCCGUCUCUUGAUAUUGGGCGGCCGCCAUCUGCCCCGAAACUGCCAAUGACAAUCUACAAAGGAGAAGAGAGAACUAUGAAGUGUUAAUCUCAUAAGUAGAAACUGUGUUAAGUCGCAUAGGUUGAAUAUGUGGAUAACUUGGUUGCCAGUUUAUGUAUUGAAUUAAAUUCCAUGCAUGUAUGCUUAGAGUGAACUGGAAAUUUUACAGAAAUAUAAGCUAUUAAUGUAGGGAAACAAUUAACGACCACUUUGAAUUUGAUUGAAGAAAAACACCAUUGGAAACAAAAUCAAUGAACUUGUAUAACGUUAACCAGCAACCAAAUGUAUAUAACUUAAUUGAAAAAAGAAGAGUAUUUAAGUCCAUUGAACGUGAACAGGUGAUCCUGCAAUUACAGGACCUGCAACACAUCCGCCAUGAAACCGGCUGUC